GAAAGGUCAAAAGGGAAAAACAGUUAAAACUACAAAACCGCCAAGACGACACUGAUGAAUUGAGAAGUUGGGACUGAGCUAAGCUAUUGUUCGGUUACAAAUCUCAAUCUUGGCUAGGGCUUACAUAGCUUUGUGUUCCUCCAGAUCUGAAAUCACACCUUCAACUCACUGAAUCACCGUAUCUUUCAUUCAAAAUGCAUACCCGGAGUUCUCACAACAAUCGCUUAUCUGGUUCCGCUUCUCGCUCCCGAGUUUCCCCUCUUUUUCUCACUAUGUUGGCAACCAUGGCUACUGUUUAUGUUGCCGGCCGUCUGUGGCAGGAUGCAGAGAUUAGAGCUUAUUUGGUUCAAGAACUUGAUCAAAGAGCUAGUCAGGGUCAAUCUAUCAUAUCAGUAGAUGAUGAUACUCUCAAAACUAUAGCCUGCAGCGAACAACAGAAGAAGUUAUCAGCUCUUGAAACAGAGCUGACUGCAGCUAGAAAGGAGGGUUUCAUUCUAAAGAACAUUUCAAAAAAUGAAGAAUCUCAUCCUACAAAAAAUCUUUUAGCUGUAAUAGGAAUCAUUACGACGUUUGGGCGCAGGAAAAAUAGAGAUGCGAUUCGUAAGGCAUGGAUGCCAACUGGAUCAGCUUUGAAGAAACUAGCAGAUGAAAAGGGCAUCAUUGUGCAGUUUGUAAUUGGAAGAAGUUCAAAUCGUGGAGACAGCUUGGACCAGGAGACUGAAGAAGAAAAUAGGCAAACUAAUGACUUCAUUGUUCUUGAUGAUCAAGUGGAAUCACCUAAGGAGCGUCCCAGAAAGAUAAAGUCAUUCCUCAUUCAUGCUGUACAGAAAUGGAACGCCAAAUUUUUUGUUAAGGUCAAUGAUGAUGUUUUUGUUAAUAUUGAUGCUCUGGAAGCGAUCUUAAAUACUCAUUUGGACAAACAAGAUACCUAUCUUGGGUGUAUGAAAUCAGGCCACGUCUUGACUGAGCCGACCAACAAAUGGUACGAGCCAGACUGGUGGAAGUUUGGUGAUGCAAAUUCAUAUUUUAGACAUGCCUCUGGUGAGAUAUAUGCCAUUUCUAGACAUUUGGCUCAGUAUGUAUCAAUAAACAGGUCUAUUCUUCGUACAUAUGCUUGUGAUGCUGUCAGUGUUGGAUCAUGGUUUCUCGGGCUUGACAUCGACCAUAUAGAUGAACAGAAGAUGUGCUGCUCAUCUCAGUCUGAAGGAGCAAUAUGUGCAAAUGCGUGGUGACAAGAUCUUACAUGCAAAAUUUUGUUGAAAACACAAUUACAUGUCUCCUCUACAGAAAACACAAUUGUUUUCUGAUCCCGGUUUUUGCGAGUUGUUCAGGUUAUAGUCGGCUUUCAGCAGAUUCAAAGACAGUGGUUUUGUUCAUACAGAGGAAGUUUUCUCAACCUAGAUAAAGUUGUGUUUUGGGAAUUUUUUAAAAGCUUCUCCAAAUUUAGGGGAUCAUAUCUUUUUUUCGUCCUCGGAGAUCCUUUUAGUCCCCAAUGUUUCACCCACCCCAAUCUCUGACCUUGGUCUCCCAUAGUCCCUUUUGUAAAACUGUUUCUCAUCCUUGUUGGAAUGGUUUGAUUCUUGUAUUUUGGGGCAGUUUGAAUCUCAUGGUUCAUGUAGGGGCAUAUAGUAAUGUAGAUAAUAGAUAUUAAUAGUCAUUUGAUUUUGGGGUGAUUGUCUAUUGUAUGGCUUUCUACAUAAUAACUUUCUUCACAACCCCACCCAAAGUAAUGCUAAUGUGUUCCAUAAAAAAAGGUAAUCUUCAUCUAAUAUGAAUGAUUAAGCUUGGUGGCU